AUGCUUGCUCGCUCAUCCCUCUCGCGCCUCUCGUUCGCGAGCGCAGUCGCCCACCGCGCCUUCUCGGCUUCGGCCCGCCGCAACGCCAGCAAGGUGUACCCGUCCGCCGAGGCCGCCGUCGAGGCCGUCAAGUCGGGUGACAUUGUGCUUUCUGGCGGUUUCGGCUUGUGCGGUGUUCCCAGCACUCUGAUCAACGCCCUCUCCAAGCGUACCGAUGUCAAGAACCUCACUGGUGUCUCGAACAACGCCGGUGCGCUCGUCAGGGGCGAGAUGAAGGGUCUCGGCAAGCUCCUUGAGACCAAGCAGAUCAGCAAGAUGAUCGCAUCAUUCCUCGGCACCAACAAGGUGCUCGAGAAGAUGUACCUCACUGGAGAGGUUGCUCUCGAGCUCACUCCCCAGGGCACUAUUGCUGAGCGCUGCCGUGCCGCAGGUGCCGGUGUCCCCGCGUUUUACACUCCCACCGGCUACAACACCCCCGUCCAGUUCGGUACCAUUCCCAUGCGCUACAACGCCGACGGUGAGGUGGUCGAGUACCCCAAGCCCCGCGAGACCCGCAACUUUGGUGGCCGCGAGUACAUUCUCGAGGAGUCGAUCAAGGGUGACAUUGCCCUCAUCCGCGCCUGGAAGGUUGACGAGGCCGGUAACGCCAUCUUCCGCUACACUGCCAACAACUUCUCGAGCGCCAUGGCUCGUAGCGCCAAGAUCACCAUUGUCGAGGCUGAGGAGAUUGUCCCCGUCGGUGCGCUCGACCCCAACCAGAUCCACGUGCAGGGCAUCUACGUCGACCGCGUUAUCAAGACCGAGACCCCUCGCGAGAUCGAGUUUGUGACCACCAAGCCCGAGGAGGGCGUUGACACUUCCGCCGCCCUUGGCAGCGGUGAGGCCCGUGCCAAGCGCGAGAACAUUGUCCGUCGCGCCGCCAAGGAGCUCCAGGACGGCUUCUACGUCAACCUCGGAAUCGGAAUCCCCACCCUCAUUCCCGACUACAUUCCGGAGGGCCGCCAGAUCUGGCUGCAGUCCGAGAACGGUCUCCUCGGCAUGGGCCCCCUGCCCACGCGCCAGAUGGUCGACGCUGACAUGAUCAACGCCGGCAAGGAGACUGUUACCCUCGUCCCUGGUGCCUCUACCUUUGACUCGUCCGAGUCCUUUGCCAUGAUCCGCGGUGGACACGUUGACGUCUCGGUUCUUGGUGCCAUGGAGGUUUCGGCCGCGGGUGACCUUGCCAACUUUAUGAUUCCCGGCAAGCUCGUUAAGGGUAUGGGCGGUGCGAUGGACCUCGUCUCGUCGCCUGACAACACUCUUGUCAUCAUCUGUACCGACCACACCGACAAGCACGGCAAGCCCAAGAUUGUCCAGGAGUGCUCGCUUCCCCUCACCGGUGCGCGCUGUGUCAGCAUGAUCAUCACCGAGCUCGCCGUCUUCAAGGUCGACCGCGUGGCCGGCAAGCUCACCCUCGUUGAGCUGCAGCCCGGAGCCACCCUUGCGGAGGUCAAGGCCAAGACCGGCGCUGCCUUCGAGGUCGGCCCCGACGUCAAGGAGAUCGCCGUUUAA